AACAGAUGACUCUGACAACAGAUUGUGCGCGCGCAGAUCCUGUUCGGUUUCUGCCGCGGUUAGUGCAGGUUGGCUAUUCCGAAGGGGAUAGUCGUCAGGUGUACGACGAUUGUCCCGAGUUCUUUUUUCACCUUGUUAUUUUGUAUUUCGUAUUUAACUCACUUUUGCAAUUGGCCAUAUCGAACCUGAAAGGGAUCGGGUGCCAUUAAACACUAAGAAGAAGAAGAAGAAGAAGGUUUCUGCCGCCUAUAAUAAGGGUCUGUUAGCAGGCUCUGCUAAUAGAUCACUAUCCUAUUGCGGAUAUGACGGACGCUUUGCUAUCACCUUCGCUGUUGCCAAUCUGCUUGCAUAUUGUUGGACAUUCCUACAGUUCGCAGAAACCAAGGUCUCAUUACGUUGGGCAAGCGAAACGUAAGGAGUGUAGGAGAAUCUAGAUCUGAACAGUGCUUUAUAUUUGGCCGCAUUGAAACGAUACCUAAAAGAAGCAAACAAUGUAUGAAUACAUGGAGGAGUGUAGACAGCACCUGGCAUCACAGUUACAAACUUCUGCAAAUUCUGGAAAUGAAGCGAGACCUUCGGAUAUGCAGGGUAUGGACAAGGAUAUUGUUGAAUUCCAGAAAGCGUUAGAAGCAACACAUGACGAAGCGAUUGCGCAGAAAGAAAACCUUCGUGAAGUGACAACCAUUUCGGUCAAACGAAUAAGAUGGAAGUUAUAGUGGUUUAUUUAACAAGCAACUCCAACCAUGGAGUACAGUCCGUGUUUUACCAUGUAUGGAACAAAUCGCUGAUCCUUCGAUUCCUACUAAAAUUGGAGAAUUUUACAAGACCCCGAGACCUCAUCCUUGGCGUCCUACAAUAGGAUAUGAACUUGUAGAAGCCACUCCUUUACCCGCACUGCCUCUAACGAAUUUGUUGGUGGACGCUUGUCGUACACCAUGUGGGAUGACAACGGCGCCCUUAAAAUUCCCGAAUUUAAUAACGGGUUUCGAUCGCAAUCCUUCACAUGCAGCGCGUGCCGCACUUUACACACGAUAUACCACAUAUGACUGGAUGCAAAAUCAAAUUAGAUUAUACAAUGAAGCGAAUGACAACAGAAAAUAUUCUGAAACAUUACGCACGGACGCUGUACGCUUAAUGAAGGAAACCGAUGAAAAAGUACAAGAGGGACAAUUAGAGAGUGGACGAAAACUUGGGGAAAAAAUAACAUUCUGGCGGAACGAAGUGGCAUUGGAGUUGGAAAAAUUGAUCACGGAGAGUAAUAAAAUGCAGGAGUGUCGUCGCGGCUUACAAACAGCGAUUCAAAAUUUUGAGGGACAGCUACAUAUCGCACAAGAAUGUCUUUACCAUCGGGAGUCGAGAAAAGGUAUUGAUCUAGUACACGAUGAAGUCGAAUAUGCUCUGCUGAAGGAAAUUGAGACGAUAAAGAAUUGUCAAAAGAAAUUAGAACAAUUUAUAGAUAAAUGCGUCGCUCAGUUAACAAACAACAGGGCGAUACAACACCAGCUGCAGGUGAAUAUACAGGACAAAGAAACGGCGUUAGGAGUAUGCCACCAGUUGAACAACUUCAGCCGAGGUCUGCAAUGUUAUGCUGGCGUAGAGAAAUAUUAUUGCAGCGUGAUUGGGGCUGAAUCUUGGGUGGAAGCAUCUAAUGCAGCAAUAAGGAAGUCACAGGCGGAACGGGCGAAAUCAUGCCGAUUGCGAGACGACGUUGGUAGUGCCGUGAAAACGGUAGGCUGCGAGGUGUUGGAAAUUUGGGAUGACACCACUAAGGCGCUGGAAAGGCGAGUUGUCGAGAUGUUAGACGCGAAGGGAAAAUUACAAAUACAUUUACGUAAGAUUCAACAAGAAAUCUUUGGCAUCGAAAAGAGCAUGGAACCGAUACGGAAGACUAUUGCCGGCAAAAGCUCAGCGUUGAAAGUUGCACGUACACGGCUGGAGGCCAGAACGCAUCGACCGGAGGCUGAAUCGUGCAACGAUCACGCCCAACUCAGGAUGAGCGAAGAAGUGAAGGAUAUAAACAAAAUAGCACGUGACACGAGUAUGAAAUUGCAACGAUUCGAGGCACAGCAUCAGCAACUUUUGCACACGCGGUCUAAUCUAGAAAGUGAUUUGAAGUCGAAGAUAGACGCGCUCUUCAUCGAUAGAGAAAAGUGCAUGGGACUCAGGAGAAGCUACCCAAUCUCGUCGAAUGUGAAAUUCUGAAGCGUUACAUUACACGUACGCACGUAUAAUCUUGCAAAUUUUAUAUAGCGAAAUAUAAAAAAUAUCUACGGAAGUGCUAAAGAAGCUAGAGAAAUGACGAAUGGCAAAGCGUGAAACUUAAUAGACUCGAAAAUCAUUGAGAGAGAUACAUGUAUAUACAAGACCGUCUUUAUUAACAGAGUAUCUAUAUAAAUCAUGUAACGUUUUUUUAUAUAAUACGUCUUAUCUAUUUGUUCUUUGUCCGAAAUAUAUAUUUCUGUAAAAAUAUAUAUAUAUAUAUAUAUUUAAUUAAAAUAUAUAUUUCUGUAAAAAUA